ACAUGCACUCGUGUUCGCACACGGGGGUCACCGCCGCGGGUCCCUAGCCUGUGCCAGGUCGGGGGGUCCAGACCCACGGCCCAGGCCCCUCCCGGCCCCUCCUGGUACCUCGAUUGCCCCGCAGGCCACCACACAUGCUGGACGCGGCCAGCGGCCAGGUUGGAGUCUCGGGCUCCUGGCCGACGGCUCGCUGUGCAGCUUGAGACCCGGCCCGACCCCGGCCUCAGUCCCCCGUCUGGGAAACAGGGACAGGUGGGAGCUGGGCCCGCGUCAGCCGUCAAGGCGGGGCGUCUUCCCGGGACCUGGGGGCUCCUCUGCUGCCUCCACUCUUUGCACCUGCCGCGCGGGGAGGAGUGGGGCCUCUGAAGACCACCAGAGCCGGAGCGGCAGGGCCAGACCCGUCAUCCUGGGCUGAGCUGGGCCCGUGUUGCUGGAAGCCCAGGCCCUCACGCCAGGGGUAUCCGGAGAGUCUAUUUGAAGGGCCAGCCCUGGGACUCGGGUACCCUCAGUCAGGAGAGGAAACAGAGGCCCACAGAGGACAAGUGACUGCCCUGAGGUCCCCCAGGGAGGCAGUGGUGGACCAGCCUUUGGACUCGGGCCGGCACGUGCCGAAAACACCUGCCCAGGAGGAACAGGGAGGCAUGAAGCUGGUUAGCUCGCCUAGGUUCCACGCGGGCGCGGCGGACGACGGCGGGGGCUACACGGUGGAGGUCAGCAUCAACGACUACCUGGACAUCUACUGCCCGCACUACGGGGCGCCGCUGCCGCCGGCCGAGCGCAUGGAGCACUACGUGCUGUACAUGGUCAACGGCGAGGGCCACGCGUCCUGCGACCACCGGCAGCGCGGCUUCAAGCGCUGGGAGUGCAACCGGCCCGCGGCGCCCGGGGGGCCGCUCAAGUUCUCGGAGAAGUUCCAGCUCUUCACGCCCUUCUCCCUCGGCUUCGAGUUCCGUCCGGGCCAUGAGUACUACUACAUCUCUGCCACACCGCCCAAUGCUGUGGACCGACCCUGCCUGAGGCUGAAGGUUUACGUGCGGCCAACCAACGAGACCCUGUACGAGGCCCCGGAGCCCAUCUUCACCAGCAAUAACUCGUGCAGUGGCUUGGGCGCCUGCCAGCUGGUCCUCAGCACUGUCCCUGUGCUGUGGACCCUCCUGGGCUCCUAGUCCCGGCCCACCUGGAUGCCCCGCCUAGAGACCAGCUAGAGACUCCGUUUCUCCCACGACUGGUGCUGCCCUGCCAGGCAGGGGGGGGCUGUCCACCGCCCCAGGGCCAGCCCUGGGGGGGCGCGGCUAAAGGCCCUGAUGCCUGAGAGGCCGGGUGUCUGUCCAGCCUCCCGGCCAAGCCAUUCCUUCCAGGGUGCCGGAGAGCCCAAGAACCUCUCGCUAGGGCUUUUCUCUUACGGCGGAAUCAGAAAGACUUGAGUUUUUAAUUUAAUUUAUUCCUUGCUGUCGCCGGUAACUUUGGGAAGGAGACAGAGUGGAUGCUGCGUGGGUCCCUGGCCCCCCCGGGGCACGGGGAUCGGGAGACCCCUGGUCUGGUCGACCCUCCAGGUGCCCUGGGACAGGCCGGUCGGUCUGAGACGGAAGGGGCCGGGGAUGCGUGCCCCUAAUUCCGGCCCAGGAAUCAGAGCCCACCUCAGACCCCCCCCCACCCCCCACCCCACCCCCACCUCCUCCCUCCGGGGUGCCUCACCAGAGAGCCCCGUGUGGAGCCCUGGCCCCAUCAGAGCCCCCGCCCCCCCCCUCCCGUCUUAGAACCGCUUAGGCCCCGCCCGGUCCCCCCAGCCUCACCCGCUCGCCCCCGAGGCCCAGAAGACGUGACAUUUCUGUAAAUAGAGCCAGCAAGCAUAUACUGUGAUUUAUUUUUACUGUAUUCCUAAGGAUGGCCUGGAAAGUUUCUUUUUUUCUUACCCCUUCAUGGGAGGGGGGGCACUUUUAUUUUGGUGGGGGGGUGGGGGGACUUUUUAGAGUAGAAGCCGCACUUCGCAAUAAGCUCGUGUGUCUGUCGGAGCCCCUGCCCCUACUCUCCGAACUAAUAACGUUUGUAAGAGAAAAGAAAACAGGACACAAGGAAACACGGGGGCCACCACCAAGAAAAGACACCCCCCCGACACUUUAAAGAAGCAAACCGCAUUUAUACAGAUUUCAUAUUUCCUACCCGCCUUUCCUGAUCUGUGUUUUAUAUAUAUUAUAUAUAAAUAUAUAUGAUGCGAGGCCGCCAGGAGACGGCUCCUGGAUGCCGGGUGGGGGGCUUUUGUAGGGGGCAUCGUGGGCGGGUGGUGGCGUCACGCCUGGAGCUGGCGACCGGGACCCCCCCCUCCAUUACAAUCAACUUUGGAUUCUGUA